CAUUUCUUGAAACAUACCUGGCCUAGGUAUAGAAGCAGGGCCGACAAGAUCUAACCUAGGUAAAGUGAUCACAUCGAAGAGGUCACGUGUAGCCGCGUUUCCUCAGCGACACGUCGCCAUCUCGAUAUUUGUUUGCGAGUCCAGCUUUUCCCUUCGACCAAUUCCACCAUCAGUCCUGCCAAGUCCAACAUCACGAUGAAUUUGCUAGCCGGUAUCGCGGAGGCGCAAUUGCAUCGGCAAGCUGCGAUCAAUCGCCCUUCAGGAAAAUCCUUCCCUAGUAUCGAAAUCCAUGGCGUUCCCCUCGCUUCCGAUUCGGACAUCACAGCCUGGGGCUAUGCCUUUGAACACAAUAUCGACUACGAUGACGAUGAGCCAAUCGAGUUCUGGAAAGCGCAACUUGCCCUGAGAGGCUUCUUCUCUCGAGGUAGUAACCUUGCUGCCCUGAAACAGCGCCUUCGAAAUGCCAAUACGAACGAGAAAGACAUGGGCCUCUUCGAUACUUACAUGGAAGCUGUGCAAGCUCGUGCGCAAGGGAAGGAACACAAAGCCAAUGAUCGUCUUGCCGAUAACCGUCCACCACCUGCAGCCAUACCUGCCGUCGCCUCUCGACCCUCUCGACUUGCCAUUCCCGCUCUACCUUCCGCUGCACCUCGACCUACCCUCGCGUCUCAAUCCGCUGCGCCCUCUCGACCUCAAUUGGAAGUUGCCCAUCGACUUCCUCCCUCCGUAAAUACACGCCUAGAAGGCUUCAUUGUCAAUCGCAGAUUGGCAGAAAAUGGCAUAGAAGCAAUUUACAAUGGCAUUCUCACGCUCAACCAGAAUCUGCUCUUCGUUGAACACCGACUUAUCCUGGCCAUGAGCUGGAUGGAAGACAAUUCGACUGCACGAAUCCAAAACAGCUGGAUCACCAACGAAAACACACCCAUCCUUCCAAUUAUCGAUCUGCAAACAGGUCAAUACUAUCCUGGAUUCCCUCAGGACGUUGCCACGAUCGAUAGCUGGAAUGGAGCCAACUGCAACGAUUUUCUGGCAACGCUUCGAGUCCCACCACAAGCAAUUCCCCAUGCCUUAAAGGCACGACAGAAGUUGAUCAAGCAGAAGAUUGGAUUACGUAUGUGGUAGGAAAGAAUAGAAGUGGAAGGCGUUGGAGGAUACCCUUGUUUGUCUUUUGGAUAUGGAGUCGUAGAUUGUUUUGGACUCACACUCUUUUACCUGACGAUUCAGUUGGAUAUCGAAAAGCGGAAAUAUACUUAUACCCUAGGCUAUGUCAAGACAAGGAUAGGAAUCUACGGAUCGUUUCUUGAUCGGAGCUUUCUUCGACGACGCAGGACGCGAUGCUGGAUAUGGACUGAUUGUGGUGGAUCAUUUGCAUCCCACUGAUCA